AUGAGUAACUAUUCUGUUUAUCAACAAACGACGGCACCCAAGGACCACACCUAUAAACUUCUCCAAUUGACUCCGGAAUUGUUAACUUACAUGAAAGAUCACAGAAACAAAGAACUAGUGAUAAAGGCUACAGAAGAAUCAAAGAACCAGUUAGUAUUAUGCACAGAAGGUAAAACAUGGAGGAUACGGCAGAUGAAUCACUCUAAUACUGUUAUUUUGCUCGAAGACUCCAGAAGUCCUCGCGUGAAAAAAGAAUUGGGUUCCGAUUCUCUUCUUGGAUUCUCUAGACUAUCUUAUGAAUAUGAGCUCUCUAAAACAAUUGGCCAAAUACAUAUAAAUCACUUGCCAGUUUACGAUGGCGAAUCGGAAAUUGAAUCCAGUAGAUCCGUCAAUGAUUUGCUUAAUAAUUCUCUCAUAUCGAGGGAGCAGUUUAAUCAUGAAUGGCACCAGUUAGGUGGGUGUCAAAUAAAUGGAAAAGCCGUAAUCUUGGCCCCAAAGUUGAUUAGCGAAGGAUUGUAUCUAUUGAUUCAGAUGAUAAUAGCCAAUAAUAUUGAUUACAAGAAAGAUAGCGUCAAUUUUGAAAGAAUACUGUUGUUGAUGCAUAACCAUAAUAAUAAAUUCACAGAUAGGAUAACCUGGACUAUUCUCAAUAAAUUUGGAACAAAAGAAGGUGAUGGAAAAUCCUUCAAGUUGGACAAUAAGGCAAUAUCUGUAUGGUUCGGUAUUGAGUCUUUGCAUAAUACAAGCACUAAGCUACUUAGUACAAAUGAUUUCUUGCUAGCUUGGAAGACUUCAUUACCUCCGUUUUACACGGUACCCAUUGAUAUAAAUUAUUUAAGAGGCUACUUCUACAGGCCAUCUGGUGACAUUAUACGGUUUCUAGAUCCGAUGUCACUUACUCAAGGAGAUUUAAAUAGUCGAAUACAGGAGUUGUUUAAAGUCACAAACGAAUGGGAUUAUGACGAUUUCUACCCAUUCAUCUCCAGACUUAUACCACCAGGAAAGAAGCCAGAGUCUUACGUAUUAAAGUAUGCCAAAAAGAAAAGGGUAGGAAAGAACAAAUUUAUUGUUUGUCCAAGAUAG